AUGUGCUGUUGGUGUGCACGUGUCUACUGGACGGUUCUGCACAAUCUUCUGGUUCGCCUGCUGGACAGUCUGUCGGAACUAAGGUCACCUGUAUGCUGUAGCUGCUGCUUCGGCUAUCAGAGACAGGCCAGUGAAGAAGGUGACGUCGCAGAACGGGUUUCCAGUACAGAUGACGAUCCACACCAGCAGCCCCAUCAAGAUUACGUCAUUGAGGAAGACUCAGACGCCUUUUAUGCGGAGAUAGAAGAGCGGCACGUGGAGAAGGAGCAGUACUACUUUACGGUGGAUCGACCUACGGCGGAGCGCAUGCUCCAUGGAAGAGAGGAUGGAUCUUGCCUGGUUCGACCUUUCAAGGCAGCCGACCAGUGCAUCCGCUACAUAGUGAGCAUCUGGGCGGCCGAUCAGUUCUACCACCUGUUUGUGAGGCAGGUGGACAGGAGUCAGCGGUAUGCCAUAGGUCAAAAGAAGCCACAGGAGCGAUGUUUUGGAUCCCCCUCGGAAAUAGUGGAAUUCUACGCGGAGCAUCCACUACUCUGCACCAACAAGAUCCGGAGUCAGUGCAUCAAACUCCGACCCAUCAGUUACGCUUAG